GGAGGACACUGACUGUCUGAUAUCAUGGAUCAGACUCCUCAGUCCCUCGCUCCAGUCCAGCAUUCUGGUCCUUCGUUCUCCAUUACCCCUCAACCUGCCCCUACACCGUCCUCCAUUAUGGCUCAACCUGCCCCUACACCGUCCUCCAUCAUGGCUCAACCUGCCCCUACACCGUCCUCCAUCAUGGCUCAACCUGCCCCUACACCGUCCUCCAUCAUGGCUCAACCUGCUCAUCCACCGUCCUCCAUUAUGGCUCAACCUGCUCAUCCACCGUCCUCCAUUAUGGCUCAACCUGCUCACCCACCGUCCUCCAUUAUGGCUCAGGGUGGUUCUGUUGUCGCUGCACCCCAACUUGUUGGCUGCAGUGUUGCAGGUUCAGUCUAUCAACACAUCAGUGUUACUAUCCCUUCACAUGGUGGUGAUGAAGAUCUGCCAAAAGUCAAGGACAAACACAAGUCCAACAUGAAGAGGAAGUUUGGGAGCAUCUUUGAGGGGCUUGGAAAACGGGGAAACCCAACAUUGCUUGACAAGAUCUACACAGAGCUCUACAUCACAGCUGGGGAGAGUGAAGGUGUUAAUAAGGAGCAUGAGGUAUGGCAGAUUGAAGAUACGGCUCGGACCAAAGCAUUUCAAGACGAUGCAAUAAACUGCAAUGACAUCUUUAGAUCUUUCCACCCUAAGACAGAGGAACAUAAUGACAAAUCCAAAUCCAGACAAAUGUUACCCAUCAGAACUGUGCUGACGAAGGGCAUCGCUGGCAUCGGAAAAACAGUCUCCGUGCAGAAGUUCAUCCUUGACUGGGCAGAAGGAAUAGCCAAUCAGGAUGUAGAUUUUGUCUUCACACUUCCAUUUAGGGACUUGAAUUUGAUCACAGAUGACUGCAAUCUCUUGGAACUCCUGAGUGACUUCCACCCUGAACUAACAGAUAUGCAGGACGCAAAGAAGGUGGUCGACGGUAAAGUUGUAUUCAUCUUUGAUGGCCUCGAUGAAAGCCAACUUCCACUGUGUUUCCAUAACAACAAGAGGUGGUCUAAUGUAACCAAGACAACAUCAGUGGACGUGCUGCUGACAAACCUCAUCAAGGGGAAUCUGCUUCCUGAAGCUCUCCUCUGGAUAACCUCCCGACCAGCAGCAGUUGAUAAGAUACCCUCUGACUGUUUUGACCGUGUCACUGAAGUUCGAGGAUUCAACAACCCACAGAAGGAAGAAUACUUCAAGAAGAGAUUCAGUGAUGAUGAGAACAUGGCCAGCAAAAUCAUCUCCCACAUAAAGACAUCAAGGAGCCUCCACAUCAUGUGCCACAUACCGGUCUUCUGUUGGAUUACUGCCAUGGUUCUUGGGAAAAUGUUGAGUGAAAAUGCCCAUGGAAAACCCCCUAAAACUUUGACUGAGAUGUACAUACACUUCCUACUCACUCUGACAAACAUGAAGAACAAGAAGUACCAUGGGGAAAACCAACCAGAUCCUCGUAAUCUGUCAGAGUCUGACGUACAGAUCAUUCUGAAACUUGGAAGGCUUGCCUUCCAAAACCUGGCAAAGAGCAAUUUGGUGUUUUCUGAAGACUAUUUGAGAGAGUGUGGCAUUGAUAUCAACGAAGCCUUCUUGCUCUCAGGGAUGUGCACAGAGAUCUUCAGAGAGGAGGAUCCAAUGUUUCAAGCAAAGAUGUACAGCUUUGUGCAUCUCACCAUUCAAGAGUUCUUCGCAGCACUCUAUGUUGCUUACUCAUAUGCCAGUGAAAAUGUCAACCCAUUGAGUUUAAGAGACUACCAAGAGUUGCCAAGAACAAAUGACAGUGAUUCUCAGGGAUGA